AUGCGCCCCGCCCUCCGCCUCUUGGCCAGCGCAGCCAAAGAAGUCGUCGGCCAAGGCGUCCCCACAGGUCUCACCGGCCUCUUCACCCACCCAGCCCCACGCACCACCCUUCUCUACCUCUACAGCAGCACCCUGGACAAACUGCGCUCCGACUUCCCCGAGAGCAGCGUGUAUCGGCAAUCCCUGGAAGCCGUGACGAAACACCGUCUGAACAUCAUCGAGAACGUGAAACCUGCUGGGUUAGCAGAAUGGCAGGAACGUGUCAAGAACAUCGUGGAAGAACACCCGGAGGCUUUCCGCAAGAUUGAGGUCGGAGGCAAGGGGAGCGGGGAGUUUAAUGUGAUAUGGCGACCUUCGGCAUUGAAGGGGAUGGAGAGUGAAGAGUGGGAUGAUGAGGCCAUCACUAAACCUGAACUUGAAGGUCCUCGAUUCCAAGACGAGAGGCCGAAUCAGGGUGAAGUGCUCGCGCGGGAUCCGAGGGAGGAGCAUAGGAAUAUCCCGCGAAUUGAGCCCGAGCCGCCGCUCACGAUCCAGCAGAUUGAGGAGGUGGAGGGGAAGAUUGGGGCGGGGUUGAUUGAGGAGGUGAUUCAGGUUGCCGAGGGGGAGAGGGGGUUGGUGGAUGUCAUGGCGGGGAAUAAGGUGUGGGAAGACCUCGAGGAGAAGCCGGCGGAGGGGCAGUGGAGGUACUUUGACCGCGAUACUCAUACUCCUACUACGCAGGCGCGGUAA